UUCCCGAUCUUCUUACCUUGACGAUGCAACGCAAGGCAUUCGGCAGUGAGAGGUUCGAUCCUGUCGAGACGAUCGAGCUGCCAGCAGACACAUGCUCGUUUUUCAAGCUGCGUAUGGGGCUGACAAGCUCAAGCCGAAGCACCAUCACGAAUUGCACGUCGCCGGUAAUGGGCGUUCAAUUAAAUAAUUGUAGCAUAAUCGAGUGCUUCACCCAAGAACGUAAAGGUGGUUCUGUCAAACGUGCCGCGGAACACAUCGAAUUCGGAGGCAGGUUUGAGCGCAGUGCAGUGUUCCGCGUCUGGCACGAGGAGCUUCGAUCUUUAUCUGUUGCCCACCUUUGGUUCAAUCAUCUGGUGGGCGAGCAAGAAUGUUGCUCUGAUCUGGACUGCGACGUGGCCCGUGGUGUUUCACGGAACCAUGUGCAAUCCAUGGUCGGCGACAUCGUCAUCGACGACGCUGGGGCCAUGGCGUCGAUAGGCUGCGCCGCUGAUGGGCGGUACUCGCACGGCGACGACGCUGGGGCCAUGGCGUCGAUGGGCGCAGCGUGCUGCGCCGCUGAUGGGCGGUACUCGCACCUUGCCAAGUGUCUCGUCGAUGGAGCACGGGAGACCAGCGCAGCAUCGAGGCGGCGGCUCGGCGAAGAAAGGAGGAGGAGGAGGAGGAGGAGGAGGAGGAGGAGGAGGAGGAGCAGCAGCCCACAAUUGUUUCCUCUGCGCGACGGUGCCCUGAUCAGGCACGCUGCGAUGUGGAGCUCUGGAGAUGCUUCACACGUGCUGGUUGCUGAGCGGUAACAGAAGCGGUCGACCUCCCGCUCGGGGUGGGAGGGUGGGCACCAGGGCCACUGAGAUAUCUGAGAUGUAGUGAGAUGUUCGCACACACUCACACAUAUGUACAUAGCAUACCAAUCGGCAUGAGUAAGAUAUGUGUGCAACCUGCAUGAACUCAUGAUGAGUGGAAGAAGCCCAUACAGUGCAUCAUGUGGGUCUAUCUCUAGUUAUAAAGCAGCUACCACCUAGUAGGCUCAAACUGGCACUUGAUGUUGGAACAUGGGAAAAUAAACCAAGAUACAACUGUGCAAGAGAAUAAGCCAAGAUAGAAGGCUUUAGCAAGCUUGCUUCUCCUACAGCGACGCAGAGUCUCUGGAGGGGGGGGGCGAUGCUACCCCCCCGCACCCCGGUUCGAACCAGGGAGGGGGGGGUUCUAACACGGGUGGUGGAAGUGGGAGUGAGCUGAGGGAGGCAGGAGAUUGUUGUUGGGGACGGGCCUCAAGUGAAGCGGCCUCGACCCAUCGAACGGGGCCGAAAAAACAUCGGACGCGUCUGAAUCCGAGUUCCCCUCGAGGGGGCCGGACUGACGCGUCGAAGCCUCGCCUUGGGCCCUGACCCAGGCAACGUCGGCCUCCUCGUGGGCAAACGAGCACAACACCUGACAGAAAAUGGUUGCUCUUCCGAACCCGCGUGCACUGCCGGCUCGAAGAGCAAGAAGAAGCAAAAGGGUGAAACACCAAUGCUGGCAGUAUUGUUCCCCGCCCUCCUGCUC